AUGCUGAAAUUUUUUCUUCAAAAAUCGAGCCCAGAAGUGCAUGAAGAUGUUGUGUCUGAUUAUCUAGACUAUCGUCAGACAGUUCGUCAUGGGUUUCCCUCUCGUAUAUCAUGCUUCGCCUAUGACGAUGUGCUAAAAAUUCUUGCAGUGGGAAAUCACGACGGCGACUUGAAUAUAUAUGGAGGCGGUGGAUUCAUAUGGACGGCUGAAAUUCCGGGCAAAAAAAGCUUUGGUAAAAGUGCUGCUCAUAUGUAUUUCGCUUGUGGUCUUGGAGUUUUAAUAGUUUUAUGCCGAGAUUCUACAUUUGUACGAUUUUCAAUCAAAGGUGCUGAAUUAACUGCUCGAUCUGUUCUGCAUGAAACGAGGUUGAAGAAGAUCACCAGUUGCUGUAUGCUCCAACGACCCAAUGCCCACGAGUCUGUGCUCCUUAUAGGCACCGUGUCUGGAAAUGUUUUCGCGUUGGAUAUCAAUUCGCUGGAACUCUCAGAAUACAUCGUUUUCGAGGAUUGUUUGCUACAAAGAAUUCCGGAGAGUUCAAAGCAAGAAAAAUAUCCUGUCGACUUGUUGUCUCUGUGUCCAACUAAUCCAAGGCUUACAAUAAUGGUGUUAAAUCAUUGCCUACUUCUUUCGUAUGAUUCGUCAACUAAUGAAGUACUGGGGACCAAUUUUUUCGACGUUCAGUGCAAGAAUAUCACUUGGACUCGAGAUGGAAGCCGUUUCAUACUUGCCCUCCAUGAUGGAACAUAUGCUUGUUGCGAUCCAUGUAAUGCCUCAAUAUGCGAGCGACCACCACAGGUUUUUGGGCCAUUCCCAUGUACACCAGCGAAAAAAGCAUUUUUUGCUGAAAUAUCCAGCUCGGAUGAGCGCAUAGUGCUAUUUUCUGGUGGUAUGCCUCAUGCAUCCUAUGGUGAUAGAUUUGUCGUUACUGCUCGACAGGGUAGCCGAACAUGUGUUUUCGAUUUUGCUAGUCCUGUCAUCGAUUUUCUGCUAACGACAGGAGAUGAUGGUUAUCAUACAUGUGCUCUUGUGCUCACCGAGAACGAACUUGUUUGCAUUGAUUUGAGGGACCGCUACUGGAGGGUAAUUCCUACCGAGCAGAUUUUCCCCUUACAUGCUAGUCAGACAUGAAAAUGGAACUGUUCGGAUUUGGUCAGCUGGCCACUCUAUAAUGCAACUACUGUUCGUAAUUGAUACACGGAACGAGUUUUCUGGAUUCACCGAAGAGCCAAUUGAGGCGACAGACAGCAAAACAAUUGAUACCGAAACGGACUCUUCCGAUGACGAUUAUCAGAUUACGAGCGAAUGGCCCCCUUUCAAGAAGGUUGGAGACUAUGAUCCUUUCUGUGACGAUGCAGGUUUAUCGGUCCAAAGAGUAGCAUUUGACGAGAAAUCGGGCCAUGUAGUCAUUGGAUGUAGAGGGGGACAUGUUCUUGUUUACUCGAUCGAGGAAGACGAAAAGGAAUUGACUCCUCAAAUAUUGAAUGUGGAGUUGUACGAGUCGUCCAAGUUACCUGCCCCUGCUCGAAAUAGUGAGGCGUUACCUGCUCGUGCCACUCCCAGAAAAUACCUUCCAGGAUAUCAACCGUACCCCUUAUCCGUCCAGAACAAGAGUGUGCUAGUGCAACUACGACCAGCUCAUGCCGUAUCGGCAGUGGCUAGUUUAUCCUCACGACAUCUAUUCGCAGCUGCCAAUGAGUAUGGUUUUGCUGUCAUAGACAUGAAUAAGCAAUCAGUUGUACUUCAGAACACUUUUGUAAACCAAUCAGAUAUACAUCACGUUGGAGCAUUUGACGAUGCCUUAUCGCGGUUCAAAAGUAUGAAGAAAUCCAUUCGACAAACAUUCCGGCGAAAAAAGAAAACACCAGUCGCUUCUCUGGAUAAUACAAUUGGUACAAUGAACAGUGAGUCGUCGACGAAGGAAACCUCUGGUCACAACAUCUCGAAAGUCUUUAGCGAUACCGAGGAUGAUGAAGUGAUAGUAACGAAACCGGUAGAACGCCUCAUUGAGGAGAGGGGAGCGUGCCCAUUGGAAUCUCCUACAUGGUUUAUUCGCUGCCUUAAAUUCCUUUCCAUCCCGGCAAUGGGUAUAGCAGGGGUGUGUGAUGUGUUCGUAGUAGGAACGAAUGGUGGGAAACUAGUGAUAUAUACGAUCACGGACCAACCACGAGCUGAAGACGCGUGUAAAUUGCUGAAAACCAUAGCAUUGCGGCAUGCUGCUCCCAUAAUACAUGUGGACGUUAUAUUGGAACCAGGAACAAGGCAGGCUUCAUCGGCCCGUCUUAUAAUUUUCACGGAGGAGCAAAUACGAAGUUUCUAUCUGCCAAGUCUAAAGCCAUCGCGGUACAAGGUGAAGCUGACAAGUGUGGAAGGACUACGGAUUAGGAAGGCAGCUAUAGUUACUCUUCAUAAUGUGAACGAUCUUUCGAACUGUGAAAGUUUUGCAGCAAUUGUAAACAAUCAUGGCGAGCAAAUCCUAAAAAGACGGAAAAGUUCUCCGUAGUGAAGGUAAGCGGUCAUGAUAGCCUUAAUAAACUCACCAAUGAGAAACACAAAUAUCUCACACACAGUGCGGCAAAUGAAAAUUUGGUUCCUUUACAUAAAUUCCUACGUGUGUGA